GCCAUGUUGUUUUUUUUGUGACUGCGUGUGACACUGUAGAUUUCAUUCGAAGUGAUUUACCAUUUCAAUACUCCCCGAUAGUUUUGAGUUAUGCCCCCGAAAAAGAAGGGAAAGAAGAGUGGAAAGAAGAAGAAGAGUGGUAAAAGGAGUGCCAAAAAGUCACCUUCUGCAGCACCAUCGAGUGAUGUGCUCAAUGAACUUUCGAAGGAAUAUUUUCUUAUACAGAUACGAGAUUUAGAAGAAAGGUUAGUUCGCUAUCAGAAAAAAUGCGACGAGCUUGAAAUUGCUAAUCAGGAUUACAGAUCACAGUAUGAGCAACAAACGACGGAUAAAAAGGAAAUUGUGUCGUUUUUGAAGAAACAGUUGGAACAAAGAGCGGACGAAAUUGCUGAUCUUCAAGAUCGUUUGAUAGGAUUACAACAGGCCAAGGAUGGAGAGAAGGAUCAGUACGAAGUACAACUGGCGACUUUAAGAACUGAAAUGCAGGAAAUCAAGGACCAGUUAACUUCAGAGAAUAUGGUUCUGGGCGGGAAGUUAGCCUCUUUAGAAGAAUUUCGUGUUCAAAAAGAAGAUUUGAUGGCAAAGUUUGCGAAGAUGGAGGAGGAAUUGGAAAAACAACAAAAGGAUCAUAAAGAGGUUAUUUACAAUCUGGAGAGGAAGGCCGUCGUGGACAAAGAUAGGUCUGUAAUUUUAAUCCCUUUGUAUGAAAUAAAUACUUGUCAUUAUGCCUCCUGUUUAACAUAAUUUGCGAGAGUUAUUUAAUUUGUUAUGUGUGAUGCCACGUCAAUUAGACAUUAAGAAAUAUCUAACUUUGCCAGGCUUGGUUUUUUGAGGUGAUUGAGAUGAAAGAACCUCAGCAGAUGCGGUAAACGUAAUAGAGACUGCAGGCAAAUUGCUAAGAUACAAGAUGCUUAACCACAGCUGGUGACAGAGUAAAUAAUCACAAUCAGUAUCCCAAGUGUACUGUUUCAAAAAUUUUACCGACCAAAUCACUAUUAAAUAGUGAUGGUUGGAAAAAUUUUUGAGAAAGUUCAAAGUUUGCAGCUCUUUGUUUAUGGUCCAUCAUGUCUAUAUUGCUGUAAAGGUAACCACUAUGUCAUGUUUCUCUUAAAAAAACAGGAGUGUUCUCCCUAAACUGUCUUGUUUCACAACACUCAGAAAGGCAUAUUUUCAUAAAGUUAGACUGAGCAAGUGAGCAGGCUCUAGUUUAAGUGCUGUUGUGCAAAGUAAGAAGCUGUGAGGUGUGUAAUGGAGAGAGGUAUACAAGGCAUCUGUUCAUUUUUCUACCAGACUGUUAUCACAAUCACUAAUGAUACUUAUGCUUGUUACCUUCAUUUCUUUGUACAUAGGUUGAAGAAAGAGAUGGUACUAAGACUGAAUCAAGUAGCUGCUGAAUUUAGAAAAGUAUCAAACAAACAGAUGGCUGAGACAACCAAAAGAACCAUUAGAGAGAAUGUCUCUAUCAAUGCUCAGCUGGCCAAAAUGUCUGAUAAAACUAUGGAACUUAUCCAGGAAAAUGAUGAGCUUAGAACGAAGGAGAAGAAAAUGAAAAUGCAGGUUGACAUGCUGGAACAUAAUGAGAAAGAACUUGCUAAGAAGAACAGUAGUAAUCAAAAGGUACUUACCAAUAGCAGACUGUCAUGUACAAAGUUUGUGUAAUCAAAAAGCUUAGUGACAAUUUUCCAUAAGUGGUCAGCAGUAACCCAGUGAUAGCUCUGGAAGCUGUAUCUGCAUACAUUUUUGAUAAAACUUUUUUUUCAUUUAAAUAGUUUCUCUCCUCCACAUCUUUAUAACUGGAGUUACAUGUACUGUUGAUGUGGGAGAUUUGAGCAGUAGAGCUGUGAAAAUAAGUAAUAAAGCUGCUGAAGGAAUGAUGGAAUGUGAGUUUUUGCACACAUUGCAUCACGUGUAAUGAGUAUGAGUUACCAGUCUAUUAAUUACAAGCAGGUAAUAAGCAGCAGUGCCACUUUUCAUUUGUGCAGGUCCUCCACUUGUAUUAUUUUCAUCCAUAAACCACCAGCUUAAGUGGUAUUUGUGGUCUUAACAGUGAACCCCUCUUGCAAUCUGCUGAAAUGGUGAAAUACAUGUAUGUGGAGCCUCCCUAUCUCUUCAAGGUCCUAAGUUUCAAAUUGCAGGAUGUAAAAAAGCCAUGUAUGUAUUCUUUCAGAUAAUCCGUAUGUUGGCAGAGAAAGCUAAGCAGCAAGAAGAGAUGUUACUUGAAUAUGAUGAGAGUGAGGCAAACAAAAAAGACUUGGAGAGUGAACUUGAUCUGCUUAGAGCUCAGGUUGACAGUAUGAAGGAUGAGCUUAAAGUGAGUUUGAUUCCUUUUGUUUUUAUUUGUGUUUGCUGGAAGUACUUUAAAGCUGAUGUAUAACGGUGUUUGAAAUCAUGAACUGCUUUUGGUAUGUAUUCCUUUUCAAACCUUUCACAGAGUUUUGAAUUUUCUAGUUUUACCAAAAAGUUUGCAAAUAUUCAUGCACCUUUGAUUUGAUUUUGACCAAUCACUUAUCAAGGAUUUAAGAUGAAUGAAGUGCAGGAGUGACUCAUAAACAAACCUAUUGACAUAAAUUGCUUAACAAAACUUUUUCUUGGUUUAAGUUUUCUGAGGUUGAAUUAGUUAGUAAGCAGCUCUUUAUAUACUUCAAGUAUUAUUUUUACAUAGCUGAAAUAUUAAAUCAAAACUUUUUCUCUCAAAAAUUUGAAAUGUUAGAAUUCUUUAGAAAAGUUUUUUUUUGUUGAUACAUAUGGUACACCUUAUAGGUAUAGAUAAUGUAAUUAAUUUUAUUGCAUUUUAAUGUUUGAGCAGAGCACAACAGAGAAAAAAGAGUCCUUAGAGAGUGAACUUGCAAAAGUUACAAAGGACAGAGACCUGUCCAUGAAGAAGAAAGAUGAACUGACUGGAAUUUUGUCUCAAGCAGCACAAGCUCUUAGAUCUUCAUUAGUGGUAAUAACUGUUACUGAUUAUGGUUUUGGACUCUAGCUCUCAAGAUCUCUUUGUUAUUUCUCCCCUCUAAUUGCUACACAUUUCCUUGUAGAUUACAGUAGUUACAACAAUUUUGUGUUACAUCAAGAUAUCAUUGCAACCUCUACCUGAUAGAAUUCUCAUUACCUGUUUGGUGGAUUAUAAUGUACUGACGUUUUAGGGAAAAGUUACAUGUUAAUCACUUCUGGGUGUUAAAGGGUUAAAGGCAGCUUAACUGAAUAAGUGAUCAUUUGGUUUUCAUAUAUUAACUGGAAUGAAAUCAAUUGCAGAAAAUUAUACUUUAAAAACUGUAGACUUCAACAGGAAUUAAAUUUAUGCCUUAGACAGGAAUUGGGCACCACUUUAGACUGCUUUAUAAAUUAAGAAUUGGGAACUGUGUACUGUAAAAGUUUACACCAGAUUUUGACAAUAAAAUACGGUAACCUUGCCAAUUAAUGCAGUGCAAUCAUUGAUGGGUCAUUAAACAAACAAACAAACUCAGUUAUAAAGAAUAUUCCUGAAACUUUUAAGCUAAACUUUUCAAUAUUAAAUACCUUCAUCCCUUGGUUUUCAGGCACCCACUGUUGUCAAUGGAAAGCCUGAUGAAGCAGAAGCCAUCUCUCAACGCGAGAACCUUGUUCAAACACUGCUAGGAAUUUUGAAUGAUGCAGUUACAUUUGGUGUGGGACCCAGUGCCAAAGAUUUUAUGCCACCACGUAAGACUAGUGGAUACUCAAGCCCAAGCCCUGAUAUAGGACGACACAUUCAUAGAAAAAAGGAGUAAGUAAUCAGAAGGACUGCUCUGAAUUUUCAUUUUUUAAGUUGUCAAGAUUUAUUACUUCUUUUAAUUAGUAAUUAGUAGUAAUAAAGCAUAUCACCACAUAAGCUCAACCUUAAACUCCUAUGAGUGACCAAGAAAGAAUUUCUCCUUACAAUAUCAAUAAGAAAAGUAAUAAAAAUAAAGAAAAAUAUAAAUCACGAGAUUAUUAGUUGACCCGAUUCUAAAUUUUCCAAACUAACAUCAUGAGAAUUGUAUGACAGACAGUAAGAUGAAUUGCUAAAAGAUUUUGGGAGUGAAAGAGGUUAAAUAACAUCCUUAAAAAUGAACAUUGAUGAACAGUGUGUUAAGCUUUGCUGUCCAAUAAAAUCUCAAGUGAGAUUUUACUUCUUUGAGUUGUCUGCUUUUGAAGAAGGAAUUCUUUUUACACAAGAAGACAUAACUUAUACUGACAUUGAUGUUUGUUGCAUAUCAGGACACUCCCCUCUAAGGCCCAGGCUGUGGCAGCAGCAGUGAAUCGUCCACUUCCUCAUUACAAGCUAGGUGAUUUGGGAAUAGUUCCCAGGUCUCAUCCAAAGCUUGGAGAAAGGCCUGGGGCCUCUUCGCCAUUGGCUCCUAUCAGUCGGCAGACUAGAAGUGUUGGUGUACAAACAGUCAGUGCACAAAAAGUGAGUGCUUUCAUUACCAUACUGCCAAUGAUUAUAAGUUAUAAAUUAUCUACAAGGUUCUUAAAUAACCAAACUCCUUGAUCAUCAGCUGAUUGUGGAGAAUUACUACUACAUUGCUAUAAGUUAUUGGAAUCCAUAGGUGAUCUGCAAGAGGCUUUUGCUCUAGCAAAAUAAUUUGUUGGCAGGCUUUGUCCCCCCAUUACUAUUGUCACCUUGUGUGACUUCAAUUGGCAACGGCUUCUGCUUAUUUGUUUUGUUUUGCUUUGCGCAGAAAGUUGUCAUCAGUAGGAGAAUUUUAGAUACUAGUUUGCUAAUGUAGAUAAACACUUCUGUGAUAAGAAUAAAAUUAAAGGUGACGCGCACAGAAAAGGAAGUAAAAGAUCAUCACGGAUUACAAAGCGCAAACUGAAAAAUCCCGGCUAUAACGCUUUGUUUGUUCUCCUCUCAGGCCAUGUUCUUCGCUGAUCAGCUUCUUUCAAAACGGAGCCCUACCUCGUCUGGUCAUUCUUUGUCACAUGACUAUAAGUCACCAAUCAGAACAGAGCUACCUGUUGGCGCUGGGUCACGUGGUAGAAUACCUUGACGCGGCUGUAUUGACUCUAGAUUUGCAGGAUUUUUAACUAUUUUCCCGACAGAGAUCAUUCAAGCCACAUAUAGGAUCUGUAGUGCUGUGUUGUUCAAAUCUUUCCUUAACCCUGCUAUUAGAGGGGACUUCCCAGUCCAAAUGAUAAUGAAAUGAACGUCCUUUUGUCUACGUGGACUUGCUACAUGCAGCCAUAGUCUCUCAUUUUCCACGCGUGGAAACUUUUUACCACAAUGAACAACGAUUUUGUCCUUGUAGUUGCCGAGUAACACAUUCUCAGCAAGCUUAGAUUUUUAUCCUUUGAUAACAGUCCGUAAUGAAUCCUGUUGUUUGCAGUGUAUUUGUUUUGUGUGUAGAUGCCAAACGCGUGGAUUGUAUAAAUAUAUCCUUGAGUGCAAUAAACACCGUAAUUUUGACA